GCGGUUCACUUUCCACAGACCUGAGGGGCUGAAAAGCAUCCGCCAAUCUGACUCUAUGGGCAUAAACUUUCCAUUCGUUUUUAUCUGGCCAUUUCACAGGUCCAUCGACGCCACGUCUUUAAAAGCAUAGGACUUUGCAGUUCGCUGAUAAGGAAUAUAUUCGGAGCUGUUGCCGAUUUACUAAAGAUGUCUAUAUUACCUUUCACGCCUCCGAUUGUGAAGAGACUGUUGGGCUGGAAGAAGGGCGAGCAGAACGGACAGGAGGAGAAAUGGUGUGAAAAGGCAGUGAAGAGUCUGGUGAAGAAGUUGAAGAAGACAGGACAGCUGGAGGAGUUGGAGAAGGCCAUCACCACCCAGAAUAUCACCACCAAAUGCAUCACUAUACCGAGGUCCCUGGAUGGCCGCCUGCAAGUAUCUCACAGAAAAGGCCUUCCCCACGUGAUCUACUGCCGGCUGUGGCGCUGGCCUGACCUGCAGUCUCACCACGAGCUGCGUGCUGUAGACUUGUGUGAGUUUGCUUUCCAUAUGAAGAAGGAUGAGGUGUGUGUUAACCCUUACCACUAUCAGCGUGUAGAGACACCAGUUUUGCCUCCAGUCCUGGUUCCUCGGCAUGCUGACAUCCCCACAGACUUCCCUCCACUGGAUGAUUUCAUCCCCGAGAACACCAUAUUCCCAGCGGGCAUCGAGCCUCCGAGCAACUAUAUACCGGAGACCCCUCCUCCGGGCUACCUGAGUGAGGAUGGGGAAACCAGUGACCACCAAAUGAACCACAGCAUGGACACAGGCUCCCCAAACCUUUCACCCAACCCUGUCUCACCUGCCAACAGCAACCUAGAUCUGCAGCCGGUAACAUAUUGUGAAUCCGCAUUUUGGUGCUCGAUUUCCUACUACGAGCUGAAUCAGCGUGUGGGCGAGACUUUCCACGCCUCCCAACCGUCUCUGACCGUAGAUGGCUUUACGGACCCCUCUAACGCAGAGCGCUUCUGCCUGGGCCUGCUGUCCAACGUCAACCGCAAUGCAGCCGUGGAGCUGACACGCAGACACAUCGGCCGAGGUGUGCGUUUAUAUUACAUCGGAGGUGAGGUGUUUGCCGAGUGCCUGAGCGACAGUGCUAUUUUCGUCCAGAGUCCCAACUGUAACCAGCGGUAUGGCUGGCACCCAGCCACAGUAUGUAAGAUUCCUCCAGGCUGUAAUCUGAAGAUUUUCAAUAAUCAGGAGUUUGCGGCUCUGUUGGCCCAAUCAGUGAAUCAGGGAUUUGAGGCCGUGUACCAGCUCACCCGUAUGUGUACCAUUCGCAUGAGUUUCACAAAGGCUGGGGCAGAAUACAGGCGGCAGACAGUGACCAGCACCCCCUGCUGGAUAGAGCUGCAUCUCAACGGCCCCCUGCAGUGGCUGGACAAGGUGCUCACUCAGAUGGGCUCCCCGAACCUCCGCUGCUCCAGCGUGUCAUAGGACGAAAACCUCGGCCCGUUUCACGUAACCAUACCCUUUCUAACGACAUCCUCUAUUGCUGCUGAAUGCCAAGCAAACAAAAAGAGCGAAACCAAGGACAGGGGGGAGGGAGAAGGAAGACGAACACCUGCUGGACUCCUCGAGAGCGUCACUUUAUCAUUGACAAGAUCCUAAUAUUUUGCUGGGGGCAAAAAUAGACAAGUACAGUCGAAGCACUUUGGACAACGACACUCAAGGAGCACGGAUGAUAUUUCUUCAGCGCGACGAGUUUGAAAUGAGGCGUUCUCCUCAUUGUGAAUUUAAAUGUGAUAACGAAAUCUUGAUUUUUGUCCAUUUUUGUUGUGAUCAAGAAGUGUAUCGCACAUUUAAUUUGAUCUGAAGGUAUUACAAUCUUGGGCUCUGAAUAUGAUUGUUUAGAUUAAUAAACAUCCUCAAAGAGUGCUUUGUUUCCACCACCUUCAGUGAAGGGGUCUUGUGUGAACUUUUACAGUAUGUUUAGCCUGAAGCUAGUGCUUCGGGGAGCUGUUUGUGUGUAAGUAAAUUGCACUGCGCUGGAGAGGUCAAUAUAUAAUGUGAUUGCCUUUGGUCUCAUAUGCACGGUCGACCGGGUUUGUAUACAGGAACUGAGUGUGUAGAGUUAUAACAGAGGUACUUAGCCUUGAUUAUGGAAAGCACUUGUUUUGAAAAGCACCCAGUGAUGGUUUGAACAAAAAGAUAGCAUUGGAAAUUUGUCAGUGACAAAUGCUAGUAGCUAAUAGUGCCAUUUUUUUUUUUUUGAACUCGAUGGUUACCGUUUGAAUUAUGCUCUGCAAAUACAUUUUGUAUUAAGUAUUUUUGCAUUAUAAACUGAACGGAGAUUGCGAAAGUAUAUUUUUACUGCUGCCAUAGGGUACUGUAAUUAAGAUCCAUGUCAUAGAUAUAACA